AUGAGAAGAACUUACCCAAGAAGAGAAGCAUAUAGAAAAAAAAAAAAUGAUGAACUAUCUAAAUUUAAAGAAGAACAAUCCGAACCUCUUCAAACAUUAAUAGACACAAAAGGAUAUCCUCUACGAAAUAUAAAUGAACAGAGUGAGCAAAGUGAAUAUUAUUCUAAUAAUAAUAAAAAAAAAGUUACAAAAAAAAAAACUGGAAAAAAAAAUAAAAAAGAAAUAUCACCUCUUACUGAUUUAUCACUAAAUCAAUCUUUUGCAUUGUCUUAUUUGUCAUCUACAAAUAUAGAUGGAAAAAGAAACCCAAGAAGAAGUAAAAGAGGAAAAGAACAAGAAGAAAGUCAAAAAAAAAACAAUGAAAAAAUGGAAAAAGAAAUCAUAAUCUAUUCGGAAGAUCAAAAAAAACAAACAAAACCUAAAAGAUCUAUUUCAAAAAAAAAAACUAUACUAAAAAAUGACAAAAAUCAUGAACAACCACGUAGUAGUGCUAUAAUUGAUAGAGUCGAAAACCACGAAAAAGAUAAUGAACAAAAUAUGUAA